CGAGCUGUGAGCUGAGAGCUGUGAGCUGCGUGGCGGAGUAAGCCAGGCAGUAGCACUUGGCUGAAAGCUGCGGUGACAGCCAGGCAGCUCUCCCAGAGAGCUGCUAAGAGAGUCCGGCAGCGCUGGCUGAGAGCUGCGGAGAGAACCCGCAGCACUCGCUGAGAGCAGUGGAACAAGCCAGUCGGCUUCCGAUUCAGCUUUCAAGCUGGAGGGGGAUCCUGGACAGCCACGUCGGCAUGCUCAGCACUGGAAGAAAAAGCGUAGCAACCGGAGACGGGCCGCCGCCAGUCAAGCAAGGGACAUGUCGCAGCUAAGUACGAAUGUGGGUGAUUCCAGCCCUCCGGAGUCCCCAGUGCCUGCUGUCCAUAGCCGCCCUACGGUUCUGAUGCGGGCCCCUCCUGCUUCCUCCCGGGCUCCUCCUGUCCCUUGGGAUCCACCUCCAGUGGACUUGCAGGCUCCCAUGGCUGCUUGGCAGGCUCCUCAGCCUACCUGGGAGGCUUCGGAGGGCCAGCUGCCUGCCCCAGUGGCUCAGCUGGCCCAGCCUCCUGCUCUAGGGGCCCCAAUGGUCCAGGCUCCGUCGCUCGGGGGGGCGAUGACCAAGCCUCCAACUCCUGGAGUCUUGAUGGUCCAUCAGCCCCCUCCGGGAGCCCAGAUGGCCCAAUCUUCAACUCCAGGAGUCCUGAUGCUACAUCCUUCUGUCCAGGGGGGGGCUUUGGGAGCUCAUCCUCCUCCCCCAGGAACCCCUAUGACACACCCUCCUGGGACCUCGAUGGCGCACCCUCCUCCUCCCCCUCCUCCUCCUCCUGGGACCCCAAUGACCCACCCACCUCCUCCUGGGACCCCGAUGGCUCCUGGGAACCCUAUGACCCAUCCUCCUCCACCCGGGAACCCGAUGGUCCAGCCUCUCCCUCCGGGAACCCCGAUGGUUCAUGGGGGGCCACAUGGAACUCCAAUGCCGCAUGCUCCCAUUGCGGCGACACCGAUAGCCCAGCAGCCAACUCCAGGAGUCCUGAUGGCCCAGCAGCUGACACCGGGAGUCCUGAUGGUCCAGCCGCCUGCUCCAGGAGCUCAGAUGGUCCAGCCACCUCCACAGGCGGCCUUGAUGACCCAGUCUCCAGCUUCGAUUACUCCGAUGGCCAAGCCUUCAGGUCCUGGUGUCGUGAUGAUCCAUCCUCCAGGUGCCAGAGGUCCAAUCAUUCAGACUCCAGUAUCAGGAGCACCAAUGGCACAGACAGUGCUGCCCCCUGGGCAGCCUCUGGCUACUUGGGCCCCACAGGGUCAGCCCUUGAUCCUACAAAUCCAGUCUCAAGUCAUAAGGGCUCCUCAGCAGGUUCCCUCUGUACCACAAACCCCCCAGGUACAGCUGGCCACACCCCCAGGCUGGCAAGCCACCACACCCAACUGGCAGGUGACUCCCCAGGGGUGGCCCACGACGCCUUUGACCUGGCAGGCUACACAGGUGACCUGGCAGGCCCCCACAAUAGCCUGGCAGGCCGCUCCACCUGUGCGCCAAGGGCCCCAACCCAUUCGUCCUGGUCCCCCACCCAUUCGACCUGGGCCACCUCCAGUACUUCGACAGAUUCCUCCUGUGAUGCGUCAGAUCCCGACUGUGAUGCGGCAAGCACCUCCACUGAUCCGGCAGGCCCCGCCGCCUAUCAGACCAGCUCCACAUGGCAUAGCCGGCCAGCCUCAGCUGUGGCAAGUCCUGCCACCACCGCCUCCACUGCGACAGGCUCCACAGGCUCGUCUACUGCUCCCGAGGGUGCCAGGAGCGCAGGUGCCUACAGCACCACCAGUUGCUCAGAUACAUUUGGUGCCACAGUCAGGACCACAGGUGCCCCAGACAGUACUGCCAGCCCAACUUACUAUCCCAAUUCCUGUACCCCAGGUGGCUCCUCAGUCUGCUCCCCGGGCUGUACAUUGCCCAUCUAUCAUCUGGCAGGCCCCCAAAGGACAGGCCCCCGUGCCUCAGGAACUCCCAGUGCCACAGGAUCUCCCAGUGCCAGAGGAUCUCCCAGUGCCAGAGGAUCUCCCAGUGCCAGAGGAGCUCCCGGUGCCUCAGGAGCUCCCGGUGCCGCAGGAGCUCCAAAUGCCACAGGAGCUCCCGGUGCCGCAGGAGCUCCAGGUGCCGCAGGAGCUCCAGGUGCCAGAUGAGCUACAGGUGCCAUUAGAAUUCCAGGAGGUACAGCAGGCCCGGGCAAUGGGCUGGAGGGCACCCAAGGUACCUACUCACUUUUGGCAGUCUGUCCCUGCCCAGGACACCCAGGAGCAGCCCACUCAGAUCACCCAUGUGGAGCAGCAGCAGCCCUUUCAGGGAGCUGCAGCGUCCCCCAAGGCACUGCAAACUCAGCUGCCUACCCACCAGGCCCAAACCACAGGCCUGCAGGCAGAAUUGCCUUCAGUGCAAGUUCAGACCUCUUGGCAAGGCCCACCCCCAAUUUUGCAGGCCCAUCCUGGAACCUCUGCUACACUGACGAAUUUUCCCCGGGGCUCCUCUAGGUCACGUAUGACUCCAUCCGGAGAACCUGGCCCCUCUUCUCUAGAGCCUCGGGGCCCUCCUAGGGCACGUAGGGCGCCUGCAAAGGACAAAAAGGGUCCUCCAAAAGAGCGCAUGAUCAUUGGUGCCACCUUCUAUGCUCCGAGGGGAGUGCCAGCUUCCAAGGCUUACCUGCCAACUGCCUGGAAAAACUUGCCGGCUUCAUCAGAGACAUUUCCUGCCACCUCAAGGGUCUUCCCAUCUACCUCUCAUUUCCAGCCUGCCUCUACUGAUGCCUUUAGAGGCCCAUCUGCCACCUCAGAGAGCCCAAAGUCACUGCCAUUUGCUCCACAGGAUCCUUAUGCCUGUGUAGAAGCCCUGCCUGCAGUUCCAUGGGUUCCAUAUCCUGAUGGGAAUUCCUCAUCCGCAUGUAAAGCAGUGCCAACCAUCCUGAUGGUGACAGCAGCUGCCCCCCAGGCAAGUGCCACUGAUGCAGAGGCUUCCAAGUCCUCAGAGCCGCCAAGACGCUCCGGCAAAGCCACCAGGAAGAAGAAGCAUCUGGAACCCAAAGAAGACAACUGUGGCCACAGCAUGCCCUCACGUGACAGGCGGGGACCCCGAUCCUGGGAGAAUCCCAGUCAAAAUGACUGGGAAAUUCAGAGGGCAAUGCAGCUACUGGGGGACCGGGAAUCCCUCUACACUCCGCAGGGCCUGAAUGACUGGGGGUACCCCAAUACCUCUAGGAUGCCAAGCAGCUUGGAGGGCCCUAGCACUUCACAGGACCAGGGAUUCUGUGGUGGCUCGGGUGGGUCUCAGACAUGGAUGGCAUCUGAGGUCCCACCAAGUGUCUCUCGGGGAUCCAGUACUGUUCAGGAGGACCCCGAUAGGGAGACUCAGCCAUUGUCUCCCUUAGAUGAGAGAGCAAAUGCUUUGGUGCAGUUUCUCUUGGUCAAAGACCAAGCCAAGGUGCCUGUCCAGCUGUCGGAGAUGGUAAAUGUCGUCAUCCGAGAAUAUAAAGACGACAGCUUAGACAUCAUCAACCGUGCCAACACUAAGCUGGAGUGCACCUUUGGUUGCCAACUGAAGGAGGUUGACGCCAAAACCCACACUUACAUCAUCGUCAACAAGAUGGCGUACCCCCAGUGUACUUUGCUGCCAUCCUACUUAGAGAGGCCAAAGUUCAGCCUCCUGACGGUGGUCUUGAGCCUCAUCUUUAUGAAAGGCUACUGUAUCAGAGAGACUCUGCUCUUCAGUUUUCUGUUCCAGUUAGGACUGGAUGUCCAGGAGAGAAGCAGUCUCUUCAGAAUUACAAAGAAGCUCAUCACCUGUGUGUUCGUGAGACACAGGUACCUAGAGUACAGGCAAAUCCCCUUCACUGAGCCUGCAGAAUAUGAGCUUCUCUGGGGACCCCGAGCAUUCCUCGAGACCAACAGAGUGCACAUUUUGAGGUUUCUGGCCGCACUCUAUGAGAACCAGCCCCAGAUCUGGUCAUGCCAGUACCUUGACUCACUGGCAGAGUUAGAAUACAAGGACGCAAACGACGAGGAGUCCCAUGACAGCGAUGAUGACUCCCACGACCCCACCAGCAGCCCCCAUCCUCACUAAUAAGUGUUACUAAGACAAUUUCAUACCUGUGGGUCCAAGGCCAAAGGCAACAGACAAUGGGGGGCGGGGGGACACUGUGCUUUCUGGUGUUUUACGGUAUUGUUCUGUGUGCGUAAGUUUUACAGCCUGUUUUUAAUAUUUGCCAAAGCUUUUGUACAGUUUUGUGAGACAUUGAUUUAAAGUGGCUGCUGUAUUGUUUUGUACUUUGGCCUCCGUAUUUUUAAAUGAGAUCUGUGGUUCCCUGUUUGGUGUCUUAAUCGUUCUGUUAUAGUAUCAGAGUUGUGUUGCCUUUGUGAAGUGAAAUGACAGUCUAUUUGUCUCGUUUUGUUUACGUAAAAUCAGAACAUUCUUGGAUGUUAACAUGACUCAUCAGUAAAAUACUGUCUGGAGAAAAGUGAAGAUCUAUAUCUAUAUAAAUAUACUUUCAGCAGA